CAGUACUUUACUCUGGACUAAUCCUGUAUGCUUAGGGGCGGGACUUACAGGGGCUGCCUCUUUUAGACUAUAAAUACCACCUCCCAAGCUUAGUAUCGAACAUACCCGACGUGCACGCGAGGAAAAGACGUGGAUUCACAGAUAAACAAACAAAGGACCUGCAGGUGAAGUAUGGCUCGUACCAAGCAGACCGCUCGUAAGUCCACCGGAGGAAAGGCGCCCAGGAAGCAGCUGGCCACCAAGGCUGCCAGGAAAAGCGCGCCAUCCACCGGCGGCGUGAAGAAGCCGCAUAGAUACAGGCCUGGUACUGUUGCUCUGCGUGAGAUCCGUAGGUAUCAGAAGUCCACAGAGCUGCUCAUCAGGAAGCUGCCCUUCCAGCGCCUUGUCAGGGAAAUCGCUCAGGAUUUCAAGACAGAUCUGCGUUUCCAGAGUGCAGCUAUUGGAGCUCUGCAGGAAGCCAGUGAGGCAUACUUGGUUGGCCUGUUUGAGGAUACCAACCUGUGUGCUAUCCAUGCAAAGAGGGUCACCAUCAUGCCCAAGGACAUUCAGCUGGCCAGGCGGAUUAGGGGGGAGCGUGCAUAAAUGAGUGGAUUUUAAGUUUUUAGUGGGGUGGGGGUGGGGUUAUUGAGGGUUUUGCUUUGUAAAUCUAAAACUAUUACCAGCAUGUGUAAAAUUGAAUUUGUCAUUUGUAGGUCCAGGCAUGUUUUUGUACUUUUUUUUUUCUCCCCUUGCCUCACAUUCUUGUCAGUCUUCACAGUAGAGAUUCAUACCUGUAAAUGCUUAAGCAUAUUCCACUGACCUUCUCAGGUUUGCAAGUGUAUUUUAGAAUCUGUACCUCUGCAUGUAAUAGCGUUUCUUGUGCUGUAAAUAAACUCUCCACUACCUCAA